ACCUAUCGACAGGUGGUAUCAGCGAGAAGAGUCGACCACAACAAAACAGGGGGAGGCGAAGGAGCGCCACGCCUCUUCGAUCCCAAUCCCCUCAAAUCUAGGGUUUCCAAAAUCCGAAUCCUCUCUAGGGUUGCGAUUCGGGAGCCCUUUGAUUCCUAGUUCCACCUCCCCGACCGGAUUUGUUAUAGCUUUUAGAAGAUGGACAACCUCUGGCAAUUAGGAGAUGAGUUCCGCGGCCAAUCGAAGGUCGCAGAGGAUCAUCAGUGGUCUCUCAUCACUUCAAAACUGACGGAGUUGACUCGGUCGAAGGCCGAAAGGAUGAAUAACCUUGAGUUGUCUAAGAAUUCUAUUGAAGCCAAGCCAUGGGACAAAUUUGGCUAUCAGGAUGACAAUAAUAAGCUCGAGAAUCUGAAUCUCGGUCUCAUGAAUCUUGAUCUCAAAGUGAACGAGGCCGCAGUGAAGAGCCCCUUCUAUAGCAGCGUCUACAAUAUGAAUCCGGUGUAUCAGAAGAGCACCUACAACAAUAUCAACAGCUUCAAGAUGAACAGUGGGAUUAAUACCUACGGUAGUAAGUUAAAUGGUAAAGAGGCCAACAACAAUAUAAAUGCCGGCAACAGUAACAGUAAUAACAGCAACAACAACAGCAACAACAAUGCUUCUGUUGAUAAGCGAUUCAAGACGUUACCAUCGGCUGAGAUGCUUCCAAGGAAUGAAGUUCUUGGUGGUUAUAUAUUUGUCUGCAACAACGACACUAUGCAGGAAGAUCUCAAGAGACAGCUUUUUGGCUUGCCUCCAAGGUACCGUGAUUCUGUUCGGGCGAUAACUCCAGGUUUACCUCUUUUCCUGUACAACUACACAACGCAUCAGCUUCAUGGAAUUUUUGAGGCUGCUAGUUUUGGGGGCUCCAACAUUGAUCCAACUGCCUGGGAAGAUAAAAAGUGCAAGGGCGAGUCUCGAUUUCCUGCGCAGGUGAGGAUUCGUGUUAGGAAGCUCUGCAAGCCUUUGGAAGAGGAUGCUUUUAGGCCAGUUUUGCAUCACUACGAUGGUCCAAAAUUUCGCCUUGAACUCUCUAUAUCAGAGACAUUGUCGCUGCUAGACCUGUGCGAGAAAGCAGGUAUAUGAGCCUCAAAAUGGAGGAGGAUAAGUUUGAGGUUUUCUGCAGGUGCAGUAAAUAUGUAUACAAGUUGUGUAUACAAGCUGUGUGUAUGUUGUGGGUGUUGUUCCACCUUUUCUGUAAGAUGAUCUUUUGAAGAAGCGCAAGCUUUGAAAGUCUGGUAGGUUCAAAGCCCAAAGAAUGUGAGCCUACUACUUUUGGUAGAUGUUUGCUGUUUUAUGUUUUGUUUGUGUGUCAAAAUGCCCCCCAAAUAAAGGGGGUUUAAAUGAUGAACUGGGGGCUACUGCAUGUAUUAUUAGACAACAAUCGUGUAUUUUGUUCGUGGAAAUUCGAAUUUGAACCCUAUGGUCGCUGUCGAGUUUGCUCUUCCAAGUGCUACUGAUUAUCUUGCUGCAAAUUUUAGUUUGGUUUA